AUGUCCAAGAACAAUGUUAAAAUCUCCUUAUUUCACCGGAGCAUUUAUGAGGACCAGGAGAAAAGAAGGAAUACAGAUGUUAUCAACUGCUUAUACCAAAUCCCCAACGCCAUUUUCAAACUGAUUUGCUUUCCCUGGGCUGGAGGCGGCUCCAUCCAUUUUGCCAAGUGGGGCCAAAUGAAUCCCGAGCUUCUGGAAGUGCAUGCUAUAAGGCUUGCAGGAAGAGAAAGUAGGAUCCAGGAACCCUUCGCUCAAGACAUCCAGCAGGUGGUGGAGGAAAUUGCCCAGGCUUUGCUGCCAAUUCUCCAGGAUAAACCUUUUGCCUUUCUUGGCCACAGCAUGGGAUCCUAUAUUGCUUUUCUGACUGCACUGUACCUGAAAGAGAAACACAAGCUAGAACCCAUUCAUUUAUUCCUGUCAAGUUCAACUCCUCCUCAUUCCAAGUUGCGGUUGCGUGUGAAGAAUUUGAAAGACCUUUCUGAGGGGGAUAUCGCCAGCUUACUGGAUGUGUUCGGGGGCACCGCUGGGGAGUUUAUAAACGACGAGGAAUUCCUCCAACAGUAUCGCCCCAAACUGCUCGCAGAUGCACACCUAAUUAAUAACUAUGAAUUUGACCCAUCCUCCAAGAAAGUCCUUUCCUGUGACCUGACUUGCUUUGUGGGAAGUGAUGAUAUAGUACAUGAUAUAGAAGCCUGGAAAGAUUUAACCAGGGGCAAUUUAGACAUCCAAGUGUGCUCUGGAAAUCACUUCUAUCUAUUGGAGCCCACCAAUGAAGCCUUUAUCCAGCAAUAUAUAAUCAAGCAUCUGGAACUCUCUAUGCUGGCAGGAUUUUAG